AUGCAGCAAAUUGAUCUAAAGGAACUAUACUUAACAACACUCCACCAGUUUGAAGAAUACUAUGACCUUUUAUUCGAGAAGACAUACGCAGAUAUUUUCAAGUCAUUUGAGAGCUUUUUAAAGAGUUUCUUAGAAGUUCAACCAAAACAGACUAUCGCAUUCAACAUCCAGAAUGGCUGGUUACCGGGAUGGCCCGCCUUCGUCGUAAUUGAUAAGAACCUUAACGGACAUGUAUGCAUCGAAGAGAAAGUUGCGAAAAAUUACUUCAAAUUACUGUCAAAAAGAUUCCAAACCGAUAAAAUCAGAAUACCUAGGUACUGUUCCUCCGUCUGUCCGCAUCCUGAUUUCAAGCCGACCGAGGUGAAGUAUAUAAAAGACUAUUCAAAUUAUGCAUACCUUUAUCACAGUUUUAGCAGCCACGUUGCAUCUAUUCAGCGCACGAGAGUACGCAGAGGUUCACCAAGAGAGUGUUCAAAGUUAUGGCUAUCCAGGAAGCAUACAUUUCUCGCAUUGGAUGCAGACUUCUGGGAGAACGUUCCAGCAAAUAUCAUCGAAUUCGGCUAUGCAGUCUGUAGAGCUGGGUACCUUACUUCAAGGGAUGAUGUACAUUGGCCACCAAUACCUGUUGAUAACUACCGCAGAGCCCAUUACAAAGUCCGCGGACUUCGUAUCGAAGGAGGUGUGAAGCCGUUUGUUUUUGGUGACACCAAGACAAUACAGAAGAUAUCAGUGAAUGUUAUCUUAGAUUCACUCAUAAGCUCACUCUCAAGCCCCGAAACAAGCUCAGAGGCCAACGACCUUGUCAUUCUCGGUUAUGGUAUCCACGAUAAACUUAAGAAUUUGAAGCUGGCCAUCCCUUCGAAUGUAUUAAUCAUUGACAUUGGGAAACUACAUCAGAUGAUGUAUGCUACAAUGGGAAUCUUCCCAUUAAGGUCACUACUUGACGCCCUUGGAUUAUGUUAUCAAAAUAGUUCAAUCGGUAACACAGGCAAUAACGCGAUGCACAUCCUCGAAGCAUACGCAAAGAUCUCAGAACAACUUGAUCUACCUAGUUUCAGAGGUAAUAUUGCAUCACCGGUACCUCGAACUAUAUCUUUAGAGAACAUUUCUGGCAACAGGACGAACAAAUCCAGCACAAGUUCUUCGGAGCAUAAAACGCCAGCAACAAAGAGAGUGACCUUUAACCAACCAGUCCAUCCAUUUCCAUCUCAAGCUCAUGGUAUUCCGGCGCCUAAUGUAUUCCCUCCAAUGAUGGCAUACUACCCAGGUCAACCUAUGAUGAGCCCAAUGAUACCGCCCCAAAUGAUGCAGCCACAUGUCGUAGAUUUCAGAAAUUCGACAGCAUUCAGACCAUCAAGCCAGAUGAAGAAUUUAGACCCUUAUCAGCAUUUUGACAAGAGAAAAUCAGCGUCAUAUGUUUAG